GUUUUAAACUUCAUAUUCAUGCAUGGAGUAUUGCCUCUGCAAUGAGAUCAGAUCACCAACUACCUGCAACAUGCGAAGUUAACACUUCCAUUUUCUUGACUUUCUUGCUUUUCUGAUGUUAACAAACUUUGACUUUUAACUUACAUCUCAAUUAUACAUACCAUAGUUAUAUUUUUCUUGCUGGGUAAGAGGGAAAAAAGGAUUCAAGUAAUUUUUUUAUUGGCAGAAAGAAUUGAAAAUGCAAAUGCUUUAGCCUUGUCAAUGUUGUUUAUUUGAAUGGAAUGAGAAAAAUGCCAAAAUUUUUAUAAUAGUAUAAGCCUCCACCAUGUCAUCACUACUGAAUUUCCAGGUUAAGAAAUUUGCACUAGAAUUUGAAAAUGAUUUAUCAAGCAAAGACUGAGAGGCAAAGCCUAGGAAGAAACCAGAAAAACUGACAAACCAGAAAGAUACUCUUUUAGGAAGUGAAAACAAUAAGAGAGAGGUCCACGCAUAAUAUUUAUCUCAUUCAAACUAACCCUUUGAAGAUCACUCUAGAAUAUCUCUCAAGUAUUAAGCUUGUCAUGAAUCGGUUAUGGUUGAUUAGUUUUCUUCUUCUUGUCUUCUCAGACUUUUAUGUUGAAGCUCAAAACUAUGGUGGCCAGAAUGAAACGCCUUCUGAAGAUGCUGUCUCAAAUUUCAAACCAAGUUUAAGUGUUGUUAUAGGUAUCCUCUGUGUGAUGUUUUCGCUUACAUUUAUCCUUCUUAUGUAUGCGAAAUUUUGUCACAGGAGAUCCUCAAGUUACAACGAUCAAGAAAAUAAUCCCGCACUUAUCAGAUCGACCUCAAGAUUUUCAGGAAUCGACAAGACGGUCAUCGAGUCGCUUCCUUUCUUUAGAUUUUCUUCGCUUAAAGGAGCAAAACAAGGGCUUGAAUGUGCAGUCUGUCUAUCCAAAUUCGAAGACAUCGAAAUUCUGCGGCUUCUGCCCAAGUGCAAGCAUGCCUUUCACAUUAACUGCAUCGAUCAAUGGCUUGAAAAACACUCUAGCUGCCCUCUUUGCAGGCACAAGGUCAACCCUGAGGACCCAACAAUCUUUGCUUACUCAAAUAGUAUGCGGUUCUUGUUGAACGCAUCUGAGCUUAGAGAGGACCCCAACAUAGAGCUCUAUGUCCAAAGAGAGGAAGACGGCCAUCAGGGUUCAUCAAGAUUCAGCGUUGGAAGCAGCUUCCGGAAAAUUAAAGAGAAAGAGACAAACAACGAAGAACGAAUGUUAAUUGUCGAGAAUGAUGGGGCUAAAAGCGAGGAUGAUCAAAAGCUUUGGCACAAGUUUAAUCACAAGAUCAUUGUAUGUGAUGCUAUUUUAAAGAACCGAUGGAGCAAUGUGAGUUCUUCAGACUUGAUGCUGUUGAAUUCAGAGAUGCUGAAUGUAAUGUCAAGCAACAGAUUCUCUAACUUUGAAGAAAAUAACAGCAGCCAAGUUUCAACCCCGGGAGGUAUCGAAAACAAGCAGAUAAAACAGAUUAAAGAGGAGAUAGAGAUGAAAAGAUUGUUUGAAAUAAAGGUGGGUUCAAUGAACAGGAGUGGUAGUUGCAUUGGGGAUGCUUCAGGAUCAGAUUCUAAAGCCAUUUCAACAAGUCAAUAUCCGGGCAGAAGGUCAGUUUCAGAAAUCACUGGCCUUUCCAGGUUUCCGGAGAUGAAAAUCAAGAACAGAAUUACCGAAACUUUUGAUGGAAAUGAAAGGAGGAGAAGGGUUUGGUUGCCGAUUGCAAAGAGAACAGUUCAAUGGUUUGCAGAUAGAGAAAAAAGAUCACCACAGAUUGCCCAGAAAACAUUAGAUGUAUAAAUUUAAUCAAUAACCAUAUAUACUCGAUCAUAUAUUUGAACUUUGAGGGUGUUACAUAUAUGCUUGUUGAUUGAUGA